AUGAAGCUCGUCAUAAAUUUUGCCACUAUCCUUACGGUUCUGAUAUUUGAUACCUCUUAUUCUAAGACGUUCUUCAACAAGGAGAAACCAUUUGCAAUCAAAAUUAAGGACCAAAAGCAAAUAUCCAAUCCAGCGGGUAAAGUUAAGACCGUGAAGAAAGUUCUUCGUAAAAGGCGGCAAACAUCAGAACAACAGGAGUAUCUAGAUGCCCAUAAUACAGCCAGGUCAAUUGUCAGCCCAACUGCAGCAAACAUGAAAAAAUUGAAAUGGAGCAAUGAAUUAGCCCAGGUUGCACAAAAUUAUGCCCAGAAGUGUAUCUGGGCACACAACUCCAAAAGAACCGAGGACACAAAAGCUCUUACAUCGAAGUUCAGCUAUGUUGGCGAAAACCUGUUUGCAACGUCAUCCAAAUCCGUGAAUCCAAGUUCUGCUGUGGAAUCUUGGGACCACGAAAAGACAGUGUACAACUACGACACAAUGGAAUGUUCCGGUGUGUGUGGGCAUUUUACUCAGGUGGCCUGGGCCCACACGGAGUAUGUUGGAUGUGCUUCAGCCACAUGUGAAACAUUUAAUGGCCUACCUUCGAGUUUUAAUGGUGGAAAUAUCGUGGUUUGCAAUUAUGGAGAGGGUGGAAAUUACAAUGGCCAAAAACCGUACGUGUCUGGAACUCCAUGCAGUUCUUGUCCAAGUGGUUCAACGUGUUCAGACAACCUCUGUGUUGGAGGUGACGGGUCUGAUACCGGAAGCAGCGGUUCCACAGCUACAAACAGCACCGCCAUGAUUCCAGAUGAGAGCUGCUUUCAGGCGGAUGGCUCAAACUACCAUGGGACGGUUAGUGUUACUGUCUCUGGGAAGCAGUGCCUGAUGUGGUCCAAGUUCUACGAUUUUCUUCCCGGGAAUAACUACUGUAGGAAUUACUUCGCACCCUACGGCAUAAAUGAGCCAGUCUGUUACAUUCAGGAGAAUGCUCACUAUGUUGAAUCAUGCGGUGUUUCCAAGUGUGCAGGUACUGUGUAAUAUGGUACAAGUCUGAAGAUCCCAGGAAAGAGAAACUUUUAUAAAAAGCCUGUAAAACGAGC